AUGGCUUCGGAGAAGGACUAUGACGAAGUGCAGCAAACUAUCUUCACAGCCGGGGCAGGCAAUGCUCUGCAGGCAGCUGUCGCAUCCAUAGUGCGCCGGCCCCUCGACGAGGUUCCAAACUUUCUCGAAGAUCCAGCUGGCUAUGACAAGGCCUGCCAGACCUGGCUGGCAGCACAGCGAAUGACCUGGCGAAAGAUUUCGCUGGAAGAUGGGCGACUUCCGCGAGAUGCUGUAACUUGUGUGGGGAAGCUCUGCGUACUGCGCGGGACGUCCCCGCGUGGCGAUCAUGGCCAUGUGGUCGUGGCGCGGGCCUGCGAGACGGGGCUCCACGACCCCUACCCUGGCGAGCUGGCCGCCGACAUGCUGAAGCCUCCCUUUGUCUGGGCCGCUGUGAUCGAAGCUGAAUCGGCAUAG